GCCACAGUCGUCCAGAAGGCCACCAAGCCCAAAAAACCAGUCGAACACCCAAAGUAUAGCGAGAUGGUGGUAGCCGCUCUCAAGGACCUGAAAGAGAGAGGGGGAUCUUCCAAAAUCAAGAUCUUGAAAUACAUCGUCACCAACUACAAAGUGGGAGACGAGAAGACCGUCAACACACACCUGAAGCUUACCCUGAAAAAUGGCGUCCAGUCCGGAAUGUUAAAACAGUCUAAGGGUACCGGGGCCUCAGGAUCUUUCAAGCUGGGAGAAGCAGCCAAGAAAGCCCCAGCCAAGCCAAAGAAACCCGUCGUUAAAAAGCCAGCUGCCAGAAAGCCAGCCACGAAGAAAACAAAAUCACCGAAGAAAGUCGCAAAGAAACCAGCUGCCAAGAAACCCAAAUCUCCGACCAAGAAAGUCACAAAGAAGACAAAAUCUCCAAAGAAGGGUGUAAAGAAACCAGCAUCGAAGAAGUCAGCGAAGUCCCCAAAGAAACCAGCAACUAAAAAGCCAGCAGCCAAAAAGCCAGCAGCAAAGAAAACAACUGUUUAA